CAAGGCAGUCAUUGAUGUAAUUGUCAGUUGUGAACGAUUUGUAGACGGAGCACAAGCACCUAAUUUGGGGAAAACUUCGCACUAAAGACAUCUUAAAGAAACCAAUAUUGCUUUGUGGGCAAGUGUUCUUAACACCAGAUCAUUAGUCUACGUUUUAUGGGAUAUGUGCGUCAAUCUAAACAUGUUUCGUUGACAAUAACCGCGGCACCUUCUUUCUCGUUUCGCCAGAAUCAUUUUGGACUCUUCAAAGAAGAUGAACAAAAAUUGAUGUUUCAUGAGGUUUCAGACCGUCGUCACAAUAAUAAAAACUUUUUUUUUUCGCAUUAUUACUGAAAAAGUUGGAGACAAAUCGACGACUGACAAACACCCAAACAGAAAGAAUUUUAUUUAGUCAGCGGAAUUUUCCAUCUCAUUUGGGAAAAUUUUCGUUUGAGAUGUAGACAUGGCAUCGAUCGAUCAGCAUGAAAAUUAUUAAACGGAUGUGAUAGAAGUCGAGCUUAUUGUUUUCGCACAUGCCACAAAAGUUUCAGUAAAUGGUUUAUAAGAUUCUAGUUAAUAAUAAAAGCGUUUGCACGAUAGCAUUAACAGGAAA